AUUGUUUUGCAUGCCAGGUGGUAAUACGUGUUCUUUCAAUUAUUAGAAACCUGAAGACAAAUCGGUAACGUCGAUUCCCAAAACAUUACUCGCAUCUCCCAGACGCCAACUACCUACUUCGCCUCACCAUUGCGUGUGCAGUAGAAAAUGGCGAAAGCAUUCCUUGCAAGACUCUUCCAACCGACUUGGUCCAACGCGGCUUCACUAGGGUUGCAAUCUUAUAUUAACGACACUCCUGAGAAUAUGUAUGGCAAAGUUGAGCCGUGGAUCAAGACCGACCUGGAUAUACCUGUAGACUCGACCAACCGCGAUAGAUGGCCCAGCCUCAUCUUACAAGCCCGAAGGCAUAUGAGAUGCCAUCCCUAUCACCCCCACCGUCUCCCCAAAAGCUACCAACCUUUCCGAAUGGUGGUGGACUCUCCGGAAGAGGAGAGGGAGAUGUCAAAGAAGGAAGUCGACAUAUCCGAACCACCCACAUUCCCCCUUUUCAUGGACCUACCGAAAGAGCUCAGAGACAAGAUCUUGCUUUCAUCAGAGGCCCCAAUCGUCGUGGAGGGCUCCGUAGUCAUGGAUCAAGAAUGGAGAGGGGGCAUGCAAGUACACUUCCGCUCCUACAGGUCUUGGUAUCGAAUCCCUCUUUAUGCCGUCAGCCGUGAGACAAGAGCGCUCGCUAUCACCUUCUUCGGCGAACCAGAUCCGCUCUCUGUACCGUUCAACCCGGCUCAAGACUUUGUACUCUUGGACUGGAAUGGAUCCAUGCAGGCUGAGCGUAGCUGGACGGGCGAUCAUAGAAGCCCCGGACCCGUCCUGACGAGUCGCCGAUAGAACGCGGCCGAGAAGGAGUGGGCGAUGCCGCGGAAUCUUUGCGAUAGAAUCCAGCACGUCAAAGUCGAUGCGCGACACGCCGCUUCCGAAGAUGCUGAAAAGGGGGAGAAAGUGCCCUGGCGGCUUGUUUUUGGGCUUCUCAGAGAGUACUUCAGUAACAUGACGAUAUUGGAGGUGAAGCUGUGGGACUUGGAUGACAAGAGACUUGUUGGAUCUCUGAGCAGUCGGCA